AAUGAAUUAUUGACCACGAAUGAUUCCAAUGUGCUAAAUGAAUGCAACGGGGAUGACGAAGAAGAUUUUAUAAAAAUUUAUUUUGCUUCUGGUACUGUAUUAAAACCUUCUCAACAACCGUAUGACUUGCGGUUGAAAAUUGUCGAUGCCAACAGACAACUGAAAAAUGAUAUAAUCGAUAAAGAUACAGUCAGUGUUUUAUCUAAAGUCAAAUUUGAUAAUACUGUUGUAGUUUUGGAUAGUUUUGAAGAUAUUGGUACCAUAUCUAUCGGUACAGAGAGACUUCGAGGUUCUGAAGAAAGAACAUCGAAUAAUAAUGUUAUUGAUCUAUGCAACAAUAAAAAUAUAGUUGAUGAUUCUGAACUAAUCAUAGCUAAAGUAGAUUUGAUGCCUAAUACAGAAGAAGACGAUCAGAAUGAUGUAGUGAUUUGUCCAACAAUCGAAAAAAAUCAGUCAACUCAGCAAGAAUACAAAGAUAAUGAGGAGAUAACAUCUUCAAGUGUUUCUUUUAGUCGAAGCUUUUCUUCAGACUCAGAAGAUCCACCGUUUUUUGUGAACAUUAUUGAAUCAGAUAAUGAGGUUGAAACAAUAUUAAACAGGGUUAAAGAGAUAGAAAGAGAUAGAAAGAGUCAGAGACCAGCUAUUGAUGAACAAGUAGAAAAUUUUCCAGAGUUAUUUACUCAUUCUCAAUAUAAAUUAUAUGAAAACAGCUCGGUAGGUGAUGAAAAAAAUUUCAAUGCAGGUGAUGAUGACAAUAUUUAUGUGCCUAAAAAAUUGGAUCCCGAAGAACUAAGAAAUAGAUUAAGGGAUUUAAAAAAAGAUCUUCAGAAGCAAACAGGAAGCAUAAAAUCGACAUCAACAAAGGGAAUAAAACAAUUGGUUCCUAAAAAAACAGUACUAAAGAAAGUGGAGCAAAAUCGCCAAGAAAUUCGGCCUCCUGUGAUUAACCGUAAUGGUAAUUUUUCUCGAUCUAUACAUAAACCCCAAGCUACUUAUUAUUUUGAAUUAGACUCCAGUGGUAAACUCAAGCCAUUGAAUAAAAACAAAGUAUACGAUGCUAAACACUCUAAAACUGUCAAAUUUUUCCAUAUCAACUUGAAGGCAGCUAAAAGUAGUAACGAAGUUACUAAACGAACAAGUAAAAUAUUACAACCGAAGUCGACAAACUCUGAUUUAUUUUUGGAAUUUCAGACCGAUAUAUCUGGUAAUAAAGGGGCACAACUCGUGAUAAAAAAAAAACCAGCCGAUAGUAUUCAACAAGUACAGUCAACAAGUGGCGGAUCGUCAAGAAAAUCUUCUAAUAGUAGUGGAGGUAGUGAUAGAUUGAGAUUGCCAGAUUAUAAUGGUUUAAGAUCGGAAUAUGGUCUGUCUGCCGAACAAUUAUUAGAAAGACGAAGAUUGAAAACGGAACGAGAACAGCGUAGAAAAGAAGUUCACCAGAAAAAAAUUGAACAAGAACAAAAAAGAAGAAUAGAAAAUGAAAAAAAUUUCUCUAAAUGGUUACAGCAGAAGAAACAACAAAAAAAACAAGCCAAACCUAGACAUUGUUAUCCAUUGAGUAGAUUGACUGUAUCAUCUGCAAGAACAUCAAUAAAAUUGUCCAACAAUGGAAGUUAUCGAAAAGGAUCGUUUGCUUUGGAAGAACUUUUGAAAAUUAAAGAUAACAAAGAAUGGUUAAAGUUAUAGAAAAUAUUGUAAUUACAUUUCAUUUCUACAUAAUGAAUCUACUAGAUAAAAAAUACAAAGAAAUAACUUUAAUGGUCAAAUGUGAUAUGAUUUAUUUAAAUUAGAGGAGGAAAAGUAGGCUAUUACCGGUUCUUGUUUAUCAAUAAUUAAAAAAACUAAGUAAUUAAAUUAUAAGUUUAUUUUGCAAAAUAUUAUAAUUAUGAGUCAAAAAUCUAUUUAAAAGUAUUAAACCUUUUCGCACGUUGGCCUUGAACAAAAAAUUACAUUUUUAGAAAUAAUUCCAUGAAAACUUUAAAAAAAAAUUUAUUAUACUUUUCAAAAUAAUUAAGUUAUGGUUUAUAAUACCAUCAUAUUUUAUAUACAAAAAAAAAAAGUAUAAUCAGUUUAAUAUUACAACAUGA